GUAACAGCUGAACACUUGAAGAAGAAUGGAACGUUGGCAAAACAAGGUAGCCGUAGUAACAGGAGCAGGUGCCGGAAUUGGAGCCGCAACCGCCGCGGAGUUAGUGACAAAUGGUUUUAUUGUGAUUGCUCUCGAUCGACAAGAAGAACGUGUUCAGGAGAAUCAACGCAAACUUCCUGAAAAUUUACAAUCUCGGUACUAUCCCAGAAGAUGUGACGUUACCAAUGAAAGUCAAGUAAAGGAUACUUUCGCCUGGAUCGAGACCGAAUUUGGAGGGACCGAUGUUCUUGUUAAUAACGCCGGUAUAAUAGCUUUGGGAGUAGAGCUAUCAGGCCUAGAUAAUACCCAGCCUUUGCGAAAUACUUUAGAGACCAACACAAUGGCUGUCGUGUAUUGUGUUCGGGAAGCAUUCAAUUCUAUGAAAAAGCGACACUUCGAUGGGCACAUUGUUAUCAUAAAUAGCGUCGCUGGCCACAGAGUUCCAGUGGCCUCUGUGGGUUCGCUAAACAUCUAUCCUCCUUCUAAGCAUGCUGUGACGGCAAUGGUUGAGACCUAUCGUCAGGAAUUUUUUAUGGCUGGAACUAAAGUCAAAGUUACGAGUAUCAGUCCUGGAGGUGUACUAACCGAGAUUGUUCCAAACAUUGCCCUUCAUCUGGCGGAUCAUCCACUUUUAAACGCCGAGGAUAUAUCGAAUGCGGUAUUAUAUGUAUUGAGCACGCCGCCACAUGUCCAGGUGCACGAGUUAACCAUAAAGCCUGUUGGGGAGAAAGUUUGAAAUGAUAAUUUGUGCAAGAGCUGUAAAUAGAUGUAUAUAUAAUAAUUGAAC